GUCUCCCUCUCUUUCUGGAAUCAGUGAAAACAUAUCCCAUAUUCUUGCGUGAGGAUUAAAAAAAAACUGGUAAAUUGCAACAUUUCCAGUAGAGCCCUUUGUUUCACCUGGGAAGACAUUCAUUCUCUGAGUACCAGAUGAAAAAGUUAACCUGUGCUUAGAAGCCACGUCAUUAAAAAAACCUUUAAAUGCCAGACUCGCACUCCAUGAGUGGAUGUGCUUGAGUUAUAAAGGGAAGCCAGAACUCAGACUCCUCGAAGGGGCAGCUGAUCGGCGUGUCCCAGUGCACUGCGUGCUGCGAGAUCACAGUCAUGGGGGGUGCCCCAAACCCUUGCACUUUUUAAAUUUCUUUCUUUAUUUGGUUUUGGGGGUCAGUGAAGUUGGCCAAGUUUGUGUGAGUUUGAAUAAGUUAAAUAGGAAUGUGAUGUGAAUUCACAGUGUUUACUCAGAAAGUGUAAGGAGGUCAUAAGAAGAGACAAAGGACAGACAGGGAUGGGCUCUGGUAAGGCACCUGCCCCCAGAGUGCUGGAGCAGCCUGCUGCAGGGUCUCAGCAUCCGGACGAAGUUCAGACCUGAUUGCUUUGCUUCUCUAGUCCAGAGGGAGGGAGGGGUGGCUUUGCCCAAGUCGACUGUCACAGCUCUUGUUUUGGCCAUGGGCGUUUCAUUUCUCGCUUUCCCUCUCUCCUGAUUUAUUAAUUUAAAAAUUGGUAUAUGGAUUUAGUUAAUCAGCUGUAGUUGAAUGAAGCUUAAGUUGUGUAUUCAGUAAUAUGUAUUGACAGUUUAUCAAGGUACACGUAUGUUGCAUUCAAAUAUGCUGAGUUUGACCUGUUAGAGAAGUUCAUUGUGCGUGUAUGUUUGUAUAAUGUAUGUUCUAGUGCUUAUGUUAUUAAGGUUGUUAAUAAAAUUUCUUGUCUUAUUUAUCACAAGGUUUACAAAACAAUUUCUUAACUACACACAUAUACACUUUAAAAAUGUGGGUCUGUUUUUGUUUUUGCAUUUUGUAAGUAGUGUUUGGUUACUAUAUUAUUCUUUGUGUUAACAUUUUGAAUUUGUGUGGUACAUUUGGGAAUGGUUAGCAGAUUUUUAAGUUCAGGAAUUUUGAAUCAAGUAAUCCAUGAAUAUUAGACUGGACUUAAAAUACUCUAAAGAAGGCAACAGGGCUUGGUGACAAAGAGCAUGGUUCCUGGAGUCUGAGAGACCUGGGACUGUCCCAGCAGUGUCUCUUUAGAGCAACACUGACUAGUAUGGCAGCUACUGGCCACAUGCAGGUCUUAAGCACUUCAAAUGUCUGACUGAAUUUUAAAUUUAAUUUAUUUAAUUUAGGUCUAGGUAGCCAUAUUGGGCCUCGGCGUAGUAUGAGGUGACUUAACUUUCCUGUGUUCCAAAUUUCCCAUCUGUACAAAUGAGGUCAUACUUAAACUACCUUUUGUGGUUGUUACAAGAGUAAGUAAAAGAAUGUAUUGAAAGAGCUUAACACUAUACCUGGAACCGAACAUGUCCUUGAGAAAUGGUACUUAUGAUGGUGAUGACAUAUUUAAUAAACUGGAAUUACUUUCCAUUGGGGCAUUAAUUUAAACCUGUUUAUUUUUAUUCUUCCCUUUCAGGAUUGUUUUAUUUUUGGAAAUCAAGUGCAAUAUUAAAAGGAACACAAACUGUACUGCACAUUAUUGGAAGCCAUUUCUGCUAAUUUUAUUGCAUUUUAAAAUUUAUGAUUUGAUUUGAAUGCUAUCAUGGGAGGAGCAGUGAGUGCUGGGGAAGAUAAUGAUGACUUAAUUGAUAACUUAAAAGAAGCCCAGUAUAUCCGCACUGAAAGGGUGGAGCAAGCCUUCAGAGCGAUUGAUCGUGGAGAUUACUAUUUGGAAGGCUACCGGGACAAUGCGUACAAAGACUUAGCCUGGAAGCAUGGGAACAUACACCUGUCAGCACCUUGCAUUUACUCUGAAGUUAUGGAAGCCUUGAAACUCCAACCAGGAUUGUCUUUUCUUAACCUGGGAAGUGGAACCGGAUAUUUAAGUACAAUGGUGGGCUUAAUUUUAGGUCCUUUUGGAAUAAAUCAUGGGAUUGAGCUUCACUCAGAUGUGGUGGAAUAUGCCAAGGAAAAGCUCGAGAGCUUCAUCAAAAAUAGCGAUAGCUUUGAUAAAUUUGAGUUCUGUGAACCUGCCUUUGUGGUUGGCAAUUGUCUCCAGAUAGCAUCUGACAGUCAUCAGUACGAUCGGGUUUACUGUGGAGCUGGAGUCCAGAAGGACCAUGAGAACUACAUGAAGAUACUACUGAAGGUUGGAGGCAUUCUAGUCAUGCCUAUAGAAGAUCAGUUAACACAAAUUAUGCGAACUGGACAGAAUACUUGGGAAAGUAAAAAUAUUCUUGCUGUUUCAUUUGCUCCACUUGUGCAGCCAAGUAAGAAUGACAAUGGCAAGCCCGAUUCCGUGGGACUCCCGCCCUGUGCCGUCAGGAACCUGCAGGACCUGGCUCGAAUCUACAUCCGACGCACCCUCAGAAACUUCAUCAACGACGAGAUGCAGGCCAAGGGGAUUCCCCCAAGGGCCCCGCCCAAGAGGAAGAGGCGGAGAGUUAAGCAGAGGAUCAACACGUACGUGUUCGUGGGCAACCAGCUUAUCCCGCAGCCUCCGGACAGCGACGAUGAGGAGAAGAUGGAGGAGGACCGGGAGGAGGAGGAGCGGGAGCCCGGCGAGGCCCCGAAGCCCGAGGAGCCCCCGCAGAACCUGCUGAGGGAGAAGAUCAUGAAGCUCCCGCUCCCCGAGUCUUUAAAGGCGUACUUGACAUACUUCAGAGAGAAAUAGUCAGGAAGAAAGCACCUACUGAUAAUCCUUUAGCCUUGAAGAUGUACCUUUUGUAGACAUGAAAGGAGAGAUCUCUUAUCAGAGCAAAUUAUAAUGGGGAGAAAGUAUAACUUGUUUCCGUCUUAGUAAUAAAAAUGAUGUAGCCAGUGAUUAAAAAGAAUCCCUUUUAUAAAAUAUAUUUUUCUUUAAAUCUUGGGAAAAUUGCUGUUUUAACUCAGAGUGACUUCAGGAGUGGACACAACCAUAGUUAGGACAUCGUGUACUGUGAGUCUUUUUCUGAUCCCUACAGAUUUUAGCAGUGAGGGUGAGACUUCAUUUUAUAUAAUGUUCAAUAGUUAGGCGUAUAUUAUCUUAUUUGAAUCGCAGCUGUCUGCCUGCCUUCUGUGGAAACUCAAACGCGUUGUAGACCCACGUACCUUACUCUUGCAACCACAGUUGCCGAGUUACGGUCGCUGUGUUCCGGGCAGCAUACGAGUGCAAUAACGACAGACACUGAGGAAUUCAGCUUUAAAGAGGUUCGUGGAUCCCACGGCACUGCUGCUUCUGCUUUUGAACCUGUUGCCAAAAGACACGGGGAAAAUACCUGCUUCUCUCAUAGAGAUUUUAAGAGCACAUGUCAAGUGACUAUUACAGUAAGAAGUCUAUGCUUAAUACUCUUAAUUCCUAUGGACCCUUUACAUUUUCAGUAUUUAAAAUAAUGGGGUUAUAUUACUCUGGAAUUUUAGAAGAUAGUCUAUUUAGGAUUGUUUUUCUAUAGCCCGCUGUGUAAAGUGUUUGGUUUAAGAAAAUCCAGCACAGUGAGUAAGUGAACGAGUGGGCGUGGGGGACAGCCACUCCAGGUCUCUCUCGGCCGCAGGGCCGGAGCAGGCUGGUCGGCAGUGCACUUUAGCAAACGGGACUUGUAGUUCAUCUGAGUGUUCAUCUUGGACUGAGCUAGCCUGCAUUUGCUUUGAAAAUCGUUUCCAUAGUAUGAGAGAUAUUCACAGAAACUGUACAUAGAUGCCUCUUGCUUUGAAAAUUGAGUUCAGAAUCUAGGGUGAUCUUUGGGACCUACAUUGUGCUCAUUUAAUUUCUUCCCACGUCUGUUGUUUCUUUUGGUGAAAUUAUUAUUUUCAUUUUUUUGCUGAAUGUCACAUGCUUAAACUAUCACUUGGCUGUUGUAGCUCUUCAGUGGUAGCACAGGGAGUAAAUGCUAUUUUUCAUCCUACUAAGGCCUGAAAUCAGUCAUUCCUUGGUAAGAAGGUAUCCACUGUGGCAUAUUUAGUCAUUAGUAUUAAAAGGAUUAUGUCUUAUUUACAAGGAAAAGUUUGAGAGUAUCACUUACUGCCACCAGCAUCACUGUUACAAUAGUUGAUCAGAUCUGCUUAAGGAAACCAAUCAGUGUGUAGUGAAAGGAUUAUUAUGUGCAAGUGUUCGACUACUAGAAAUAUGUAGAGGGUUUCAAAACUCUCAGUUCUGGAAGUUCCACAUGUUAAAAGCAAGUGUUUAAAAUAUUCUAAGCAUAAAUUAUCCCAAACAAAUGAGAAUACUUUAGUCGUGUAAAAGAUAAUUUCAUAGAGGGGUGUGUUUUAUACCAAUGACAGAGGCUAGGGCUGUGGUUGGGGCACCUCCACCGGUUUCCCCAGAUGACCCCUAAGCUGGUGUAGUUAAGAAAUGCCUCGUGUCACUUCUGUCAGGGAAAAAAUUAGUUUCAUACAGUUGUCAUCUAUUUUAUUUUCAAUUUUUAGUUUUAGAAGCUUAACUUUAAGGUCCUGGUGCCCACGUGUUUUUAUCUAGCACCCCUGCACACGCAGGUUUUGGGAGCUGAUACCCAGAUAUGCAAAUGUACAUGUUCUUAACUGAUAGUUUCACUGUCAGGAGAGAGUCUUUGCUAAGGCAGAGUGUGAAGGUGACUUUUUCAUAGCACAUUUCAUUCUGUUGACCUUGGCAAAGUGUACACAAUAAGUAUUCAUGACUGCAUAUUUUUGUCAUUGAAAUGUAUCUUUUGUUUUUAAAUGCAUUCAUUUUACAGUUGUGACUUUAUUGAUUUUAAAUAAAGAAAUGGAAACAAAGUGAAAAAUCCAAGUGAAAGCCCUUUUAUGUACUAAUGGGAAUAUAUUAGAGUGAUUAGCAAUGUUGGGUUUGUGUUUAUUUUUAAUGCAUUCAUAUUUACUUGAAUAUAGGUGAUUAUGCUUUAUAAGAUAAAGUAAGAUUAAUCGAAAAUGAUGACUAUAUCAUGUGAUUUUAUAGCCAGAUGAAACAAUAGAAAUAAUCUAAUCCAGUAAAUUAUUUUUCGAGAGAAAGUAGGCCUGGGGAGGUCGCAUGAUGUUCCUAAACCAGACGGCUGGGUGGAGACGGCUGGAAAUAGCUCCAGCAUCUGAUAACCCCAAGGAAUUUGUCAGUGGCACCGUAACUGCUAAUUGGUGUGUGUAUUUGGUUCUAGUAUUAAUAGAGGAAAAUGUCGCUAAUAUGGCAUAGAUAGUGGUUGAAACAAAAUACAAAAAUAACACAAGUGUUGGUUUCUAGCUGUCUGAGGGGAUAAAAGUGAAACAAAACCUGUUACAUUUUGGGGGGACUUGGAAAAUUAUUUUAAAUAAACGAUUGCGUAUAAUGAAACCA